UUUUUAUUAUUUAUUUAUAAAUCUCAUUAUUAAAAUAGUUCCUCUGCAAUUCAAUAUAGCAGUAUCAGGCUAUCAGCUUGUAGAUUUUGUUUUGUGGCCUUUUCACUUUCUCUCUAAAUUAGAGCCAUCUUUCAUUUCCCUUUAAGAGAAGCUUCAAAUCUUGCUAAAUUUAGGGCCUCUUUUUCUUACACAGGGAUACAAAUAGAAUAACACCGAAUGACAGUUUUGACUUCCAUUCUUUUUGGUCGCUUACAGGUUAUGUGCAAUAAUCACUAGGGCAUGGAGCUCCUAGAAGGGAUUGACUUUGAGUCAUCCAUCCCAGCUCCACCAUUGUUUAUAGGGAGCUGAAAGAUGGAAAGGACCAGAUUGGAUUUAAGAUUUCAUCACUCUGUAUCAACAGAAUCAGUGGAAUUUGCUUUAGAUUUGGAAAGAAAUUUCUGCAAUAAUCUUAAUUUGCCUUCAUCAAGUACUUCACCUCUUCAGCCCUUUGCAUCUAGUGCUCAGCAUUCGGAGAGCAAUGCUGCUUACUUCUUAUGGCCUACUUCAAGUCAAUUAAUUGAUGCGGCAGAAGAUAGAGCAAAUUGUUUUGAAAACCUACAGAAAGGGGUCUUGCCAGAAACCCUUGGACGGUUGCCGUCUGGACAGCAAGCAACCACCUUACUUGAGUUGAUGACCAUUAGAGCAUUUCAUAGUAAAAAACUGCGUAGGUUUAGUCUGGGAACUGCAAUUGGGUUUCGUAUUCGACGGGGUGUCUUGACGGAUGUACCAGCUAUUCUUGUCUUUGUUGCUCGUAAAGUUCAUAAGCAAUGGCUUAGCCAGUUCCAAUGUUUACCUACUGCCCUUGAGGGUCCAGGAGGCGUGUGGUGUGAUAUAGAUGUUGUGGAAUUCUCAUAUUAUGGCUCACCUGCAGCUGCUCCCAAAGAACAAUUAUACACUGAACUUGUACAUAGCUUGAGGGGAAGUGAUCCAAUCAUUGGUUCUGGUUCACAGGUUGCCAACCAAGAGACCUAUGGAACAUUGGGCGCUAUUGUAAAGAGCCGAACUGGAAAUCGUCAGGUAGGUUUCCUCAUAAAUCGGCAUGUCGCGGUUGACUUGGACUUCCCAAGUCAGAAGAUGUUUCAUCCUUUACCGCCCAGCCUUGGGCCUGGUGUGUACCUUGGUGCUGUAGAGAGGGCAACCUCAUUUAUCACUGAUGACCUUUGGUAUGGAAUCUUUGCUGGUAUAAAUCCAGAAACUUUUGUGCGAGCAGAUGGGGCUUUUAUUCCGUUUGCUGAUGAUUUUAAUAUCAACAAUGUAACUACAACUGUAAAAGGAGUUGGUCAGAUUGGUGAUGUUCAUAUCAUAGACUUGCAGUCUCCAAUUAGCAGUCUCAUUGGAAGGCAAGUCGUCAAAGUGGGAAGAAGCUCUGGAUUGACCACUGGGACGAUAAUGGCGUAUGCUUUAGAGUACAAUGAUGAGAAAGGGAUAUGUUUCUUUACCGAUUUUCUUGUUGUUGGUGAGAAUGAGCAGACUUUUGAUCUUGAAGGUGAUAGCGGAAGCCUCAUACUUUUAACAGGUCAAAGCGGAGAAAAGCCACAGCCUGUUGGGAUAAUUUGGGGUGGGACUGCUAAUAGGGGUCGGUUGAAACUCAAAGUUGGCCAACCUCCACAAAAUUGGACUAGUGGAGUUGAUCUUGGGCGUCUUUUAGACCUCCUUGAACUCGAUCUCAUCACUACCAAUGAAGAGCUUCAAGCUUCUGUACAAGAUCAAAGAAGUGCUUCUGCAGUGGCGAUCGGUUCUAUGGUUGGAGGAUCUUCUCCCCUGUUCCGGGUUCCAUCCAAAGAUAAAAUUGAGAACUUUGAGCCUAUUAAUUUAAAUAUCCAGCAAGUUGAAGGUGAGCCCCAGCAAGGACAUGAAAUACCGGUCAUGUGUACGAAGUAUCAAGCUGCAAGUAUUGUUGAAGCAGCUCCAAAUUUGGAACACCAUUUUAUUCCAAGUUUCAAUGUGAAGUCUUCGGUUCAUGAUCAUUACCGACAGGAAAACCUGGAGUCCAAAAGUCUUUCAGCAUUACGAAAUGGACCGGAUGAGGAGAUUUAUGUUUCCCUGCAGUUAGGCGAGCCUGAAGCCAAGAGAAGAAAAUAUUCGGAUUCCUUGUGUAGCAUCAAAGACUCGAAGUGAAAAGAGUUUCACCAAUCAAGGCAAAUUGCUUGGAGAUAACAUCUUACCAGAAACAAUCAGGUCAGACAAUUAUUCCUGUCAUUUC